AUGGAAUACGACUCAAGACAAGUCGCCGAGCACAAGGUGGCAAGUGACGCGUGGAUGACCAUUAAUGGCAAGGUCUAUGAUGUGACAAAGUAUCUGGAAGACCACCCUGGCGGUUCUGAAGUUCUCGCAGAGGCCGCUGGCACGGAUGCUACAGAAGCCUUUGACAAUGCUGGCCACUCGGAAGAUGCCUACGACAUAAUGGAGACCUUUCAAGUCGGAAGCCUCAAGGGCUACAAGAAGAAGCCACAGCGCAAGGCCAUUACCGUCACACCAGCGCCCAAGACAGACAAGCCAGCACCGAGCAAGACACAUUCGAUCGUCUCCAAGCUAGCAAGCUUCGGCCUCUUCUCACUAGCAGUCACUGGCGUGUAUUACGGCACCCGCCACUACGGCCCUUCUACACCGAAAUGGCUGCUGUCUAUCCUCAACAACGAGAAGCCUGGCCAACAUGGCUUUGGGUUCACCAAGGGCCUGCUGGCAGGCGCCGGCAUCUUCACCAUCGUUGACGCCCUCCUUGCACAGCACUUCGCGCGUCUCGCCCAACAGAGCAAGUCGUUUACCAGCUACCCAGCGCACAUGCGCGUGCCCGAACCAGUCCAGGAAGACACGCUGCUGCAGCGCGGCCUGCUCGACCCCGCCACGUACUCGCAUCUUCCCCUCCAAGACAAGGUCCUGCUUUCGCCCAACGUAUACCGCUUCACAUUUACUCUGCCCACGACGGAGACGGUCCUUGGACUGCCCAUCGGACAGCACGUUGCCAUCAAGGCAGACGUGGACGGCGAGAGCGUGUCACGCUCCUACACGCCCGUCUCCAACAAUGCGGAUCGGGGCGUUCUCGAGCUUGUCAUCAAGGUGUACCCUGACGGCAAGCUGACCAACAACUACCUCGCCAAUCUGGAGGUCGGCGACGAGGUGCUUUUCCGCGGACCCAAAGGCGCGAUGCGGUACACACGCGGACUCGCGAAGAAGGUCGGCAUGGUUGCCGGUGGCACCGGCAUCACUCCCAUGUUCCAAGUCAUUCGCGGAAUUUGCGAGGAUGACCGCGACCUAACGCAGAUUAGCCUCAUCUACGCCAACCGCACCGAGCAGGACAUUUUGCUGCGCAAGGAGCUCGACACCUUUGCUCGCCGCUACCCGAAGCAGUUCAAGGUAUACUACUUGCUGGACCAACCCCCCGAAGACUGGGCCUACGGCACGGGCUACUGCACGCAGGAGCUCAUCGCAGAGAAGUUGCCCAGCGCGAGCACUGACACGAAGAUGAUGCUCUGCGGGCCUCCGGGUAUGGUCAACGCGGCCAAGAAUGCCAUGAUAAACUUGGGGUUUGAGAAACCAGGUGCCAUGCCGAAAAUGACGGAUCAAAUUUUCCUUUUCUAA